AUGCUGCAGGCGCCUGGAGAAAACUCCAUUCAGCUGGAAGCAGCGGCGCUCGGGAAUUUUGUUUCUGAACUCCCUUGGCUUUCUACUUUCUGAGGUGGACCCGCCAGCCAGAGUUAGAGAAGGAAAACCGAUUAAAAGGACUAAGAAGCAAAAGAGGCCGAAAACACAGGAUUUCCCGUCGAGGCCAACCACGGCGGUUGACUCGAAAUUCAUGCUCCUGAAGAAUGGCUUCACUUGCUAUCUAAAAAAAGGGUUCUUUCAACUAACCAGUCCUGGAUGCCUGAGGUUUGUGGUAACUUCUGGAAGAAAAGAAUGCUUUCCCUACCCUGAGGAGACCCCCCCCCCCCCCCUGCUACUUUACGGCCAAAUUUCAUGUUUCCUGGGGAGAUUUCCAAGAAAAAGGAAAUCCUUAUGAAGGGGAGCAAGGAGCCAAAGCAUUUGCAAAUCAAUCGGAGGUUAUAAAGGGAUCUCCAUCUGAAUAGGAAAAGGAGCCCCAGGAGCGCUAGGAAUUCCCCCCAGAGAAGUGCCCGCACCUUUAGAAUGGUAAGCGCUAACAGCUCCCACUGCUACUCUGACGACUCCUUUAAGUACACUUUAUACGGAUGCAUGUUCAGCAUGGUGUUUGUGCUCGGGCUGAUCUCCAACUGUGUGGCCAUGUACAUUUUCCUGUGCACGCUCAAAGUGCGGAACGAAACGACAACGUAUAUGAUUAAUUUGGCGCUGUCCGAUCUGCUUUUUGUAUUUACUUUGCCCUUCCGGAUUUUUUACUUUGCCACCCGAAACUGGCCUUUUGGGGAUGUACUUUGCAAAAUUUCCGUCAUGCUCUUUUAUACCAAUAUGUACGGAAGCAUCCUGUUCUUAACUUGUAUCAGUGUGGAUCGUUUUUUGGCUAUUCUCUACCCAUUUCGUUCCAAGACAAUCCGAACCAAGAAAAACGCCAAAAUCGUUUGUUUUUCAGUGUGGCUGACUGUGAUAGGCGGCAGCGCCCCAGCCGUCUUUUUUCGAUCUACCCACUCCCGGGGCAACAAUUCGACUGAAGAAGCGUGGUGCUUUGAAAAUUUCCCGGAAGCCACGUGGAAAACCUAUCUCUCUAGGAUUGUGAUUUUCAUCGAAACGGUGGGAUUUUUUAUUCCACUGAUCUUAAAUGUGACCUGUUCCAGUUUGGUUUUAAAGACUUUAAAUAAGCCAGUUACUCUGGGUAGAAGCAAAAUAAACAAAACUAAGGUCUUGAAGAUGAUUUUUGUUCAUUUGGUCAUAUUCUGUUUCUGCUUUGUACCAUAUAACAUCAAUUUGAUACUCUAUUCUCUCAUGAGAACACAAACAUUUGUUAACUGUUCAGUGGUGGCUGCAGUCAGAACUAUGUAUCCAAUUACUCUCUGUAUUGCAGUUUCAAACUGUUGCUUUGACCCUAUAAUUUACUAUUUUACAUCAGACACUAUUCAAAAUUCAAUAAAAAUGAAGACCUGGUCUGCCAGGAAAAGUGACUACAGAUUCUCUGAAAUUCAAGGAACAGAGAAUUUUAUUCAGCACAAUCUGCAGGCUUUGAAAAGUAAAAUAUUGGAUAAUGAAUCUACAAUAUGAAAUAUGUGAAAUGUUAGACUACUGGGACUUAACUGGACUGGAACCUCUACAACUGUGAAAAGUAUUUUUCUUGUAUAAACUAUUUUCUCCAGUUGGUAGAGAUAUUUAAAACAUAAGCAGGGUUUUAAAUAUCUAAAGUUGUUAGCAUUUAAAAAAACUACAGAAAAUAUGUAUUAAGUAUUAAAAGUAUAUUCUACUCUUGGUAGCUUCUGCAUUUGAUGAUCUAUUUUUUCUA